UUGGCUUGUCACGCAUGUCACUUCUUGGCUUGUCACGCAUGCCUCUUCUUGUGUCACACACGUCACUUCUUGGCUUGUCACGCAUCUAUACUACCUCAAAACCGGAUAAAAAAACCUUGCUUCCUAAAACUCUGUUAAGAUACUGAAACAAGUUAGUUAGGCGAGUUGGGCUCAAGUUAACUGGGUCGAUUGGUACAGAUUAGCUGCACAUACAUAUGACGUCUUCUGCAUGAACGGAUAUCGCUUAGUAUUCAUAUGCUUGAUGGAAUUCACUCAAGAAUAAUAAAGAACCAAAACUACAAUCAAAACAGCGUUGUAUUUUUGCGAAAAAGUUCUAGUUAAUGGGGAAUGGCUACGGGAAAAGCUAAAGGAAGCGAAUAAUGGUUCAACUCUUAGAGGUAGCCCAAGCGUAAUGUGGACCGUUUUGCUGUUUUUUCUCGCGUUAGUGCGAAUUUCGUUGGCCGCGCCAGUUCCAGUACCGCACGUCCGGCUGGUAGGUGGGUCUCUUCCCAGUGAAGGCCGCGUAGAGGUUCUUCAUGAUGGAGCCUGGGGCACUGUCUGUGACGAUGAGUGGGACAUUAAGGACGGUAACGUGGUCUGCAGGUCCCUCGGCUAUCGCUUCGCGCUACAGGUUAAAAAAUACGGCAGCUUUGGUCCGGGAUCUGGUCCGAUUCACAUGGACAACGUUAGAUGUAAAGGAACCGAGAAAACCCUCACUGACUGCGAACACGUGGGGUGGGGUGACAGCGACUGCUUCCAUUCAGAAGACGCAGGAGUUGUUUGCUAUGAGCACUCAGCUCCUCCAUUGCAAUGGCGUCUUGUCGGAGGGAACACACCAUACGAAGGUCGCGUCGAGGUGUCACUCAACGGAACGUGGGGCACACUCUGUGACACGUUGUGGGACAUGAAGGAGGCAGAUAUUGUGUGCAGAACGCUGGGGUUUCAAGGAGCAAGAAAAGAGUUAGCAAAGGAAAAAAUUAAGAAAACCAAAGGUCGCAAAAUCACGCACUUGAACUAUCUCCUUUGUGACGGCGAUGAGAAGUCGCUGGAAGAUUGUGCUCAUGCCGGCUGGUUAUCAGAUCAACAGUGUCCAGGAGAAGACGUGCGCGUGAUAUGUGAGCCUGACGAUAUCCAGUUAGCGCCUACACAAGCGGUGACUGCAGCAAGUCCUCAGGUGGUGUCGGUUAAAAUGUCAACUAAAUCCACUGUAACUGCGCCAGCAACCAGAAUAAUCAUGACAAACCAACCAAUGACAGGAGAGGCUAUGACAAACCAACCAAUGACAGAAAAGACAAUGACAAACCAACCAAUGACAGAUGAGCCGACAAAUCAACCAACAAUAGAAAAGGCGACAAACCAACCAAUGACAAAUCAGCCAAUGACAGAAGAGUCAAUGACAAAUCAGCCAACGACAGAGGAGGCGAUGACAAGUCAACUGAUAACAGAAGAGGCGAUGACAAACCAACCAAUGACAGAAGAAGCGAUGAAAAAUGAACAAAUGACAGAAGAGGCAACAAACCAACCAAUGACAGGAGAGGCGAUGACAAACCAACCAAUGACAGGAGAGGCGAUGACAAACCAACAUAUGACAAAAGAGGCGAUGACAAAUCAGCCAACGACAGAUGAGGCAAUGAAAACUCAACCAAUGACAGAAAAAGCGAUGACAAAUCAGCCAAUGACAGAAGAGGCGAUGACAAAUCAGCUAAUGACAGAAGAGGCGAUGAAAAACCAACCAAUGACAGGAGAGGCGAUGACAGAUCAGCCAAUGACAGAAGAGGCGAUGACAAAUCUGCCAAUGACAGAAGAGGCGAUGAAAAAUCAGCCAAUGACAGGAGAGGCGAUGACAAAUCAGCCAAUGACAGAAGAGGCGAUGAAGAAUCAGCCAAUGACAGGAGAGGCGAUGACAGAUGAACCAAUGACAGAAGAGGCGAUGACAAAUGAACCAAUGACAGAAGAGGCGAUGACAAACCAACCAAUGACAGGAGAGGCUAUGACAAAUGAACCAAUGACAGAAGAUGCGACGACAAACCAACCAAUGACAGGAGAGGCGAUGACAAAUGAACCAAUGACAGAAGAGGCGUUGACAAAUCAGCCAAUGACAGAAGAGGCGAUGACAAAUGAGCCAAUAACAGGAGAGGCGAUGACAAAUGAACCAAUGACAGAAGAGGGGUUGACAAAUCAGCCAAUCACAGGAGAGGCGAUGACAAAUAAGCCAAUGACAGGAGAGGCGAUGACAAGUGAACCAAUGACAGAAGAGGCGAUGACAAAUCAGCCAAUGACAGGAGAGGCGAUGACAAAUGAGCCAACGACAAAAGAGGCGAUGACGAAUGCACCAAUGACAGGAGGGGCGAUGACAAACCAACCAAUGACAGGAGAGGCGAUGACAAAUCAGCCAAUGACAGAAAAGACAAUGACAAAUCAGCCAAUGACAGAAGAGGCGAUGACAGAUCAGCCAAUGACAGGAGAGGCGAUGAAAAACCAACCAAUGACAGAAGAGGCGAUGACAAAUCAGCCAAUGACAGGAGAGGCGAUGACAAAUCAGCAAAUGACAGAAGAGGCAAUGACAAAUCAGCCAAUGACAGGAGAGCUGAUGACAAAUCAGCCAAUGACAGGAGAUGCAAUGACAAAUGACCCAAUGACAGAAGAGGCGAUGACAAAUCAGCCAAUGACAGGAGAGGCGAUGGCAAACCAACCAAUGACAGGAGAGGCGAUGACAAAUGAGCCAAUGACAGAAGUGGCGAUGACAAAUCAGCCAAUGACAGGAGAGGUGAUCACAAAUGAGCCAAUGACAGGAGAGGCGAUGACAAAUGAGCCAAUGACAGGAGAGGCGAUGACAAAUGAGCCAAUGACAGAAGUGGCGAUGACCAAUCAGCCAAUGACAGGAGAGGUGAUGACAAAUGAGCCAAUGACAGUUGAGGCGAUGACAAAUCAGCCAAUGACAGGAGAGGCGAUGACAAACCAGCCAAUGACAGGAGAGGCGACGACAAACCAGCCAAUGACAGAAGAGGCGAUGAAUAACCAUCAAAUGACAGAAUUGGCAAUGAAAAACCAUCAAAUGACAGAAGAAUCAAUGACAAACCAACCAAUGACAGAAGUACCUAUGGAGACGGUAACAGAAAAUCAAGUCGCAGAAAAAACAAUGACAAAAAAACCAACGACGAUAAAGCAAACCACAAGCCAUCCUUCAACACAGAGGUUACCUUUGACUCCAGUCCAGAGUAACUUCAUCCGGUUGAGUGGAGGCAAGAAACCGAGCGAAGGUCGAGUGGAGGUGUUCUACAAUAACACGUGGGGAACCGUAUGCGACGAUUCAUGGCAGAUGAAGGACGCGAAUGUUGUCUGCCGGAUGCUGGGGUUUCCUUAUGCGCUCCAGUACACACAAACGUCUUCAUUCGGAGGUGGCUCGGGCCCGAUCUGGAUGGACAACGUUGGUUGUCGUGGUAACGAAAGCUCCCUGGCUGACUGCCAGUUUAACGGCUGGGGUGUCCAUAACUGCGACCAUGAGGAGGAUGCUGGCGUGGUCUGCAACGAUGGCACAGUUGAUAUCAUGAUCCGUCUCGCCGGCGGAAAGCGCCCCACGGAGGGCCGAGUGGAAGUUGCUAUAAACGGGGUCUGGGGCACAGUCUGUGACGACUUCUGGAGCCUCGACAGCGCCCGCGUUGUAUGCCGGUCCUUAGGUUUUCCAGGCGCCAAGCGGGCGCACAGUAACGCGUACUUUGGCGCGGGGACUGGGCCUAUUCAAUUAGAUGACGUCAUUUGCGAUGGCAGCGAGACUUCACUGACAGAGUGUGAACGCAACGGUUUGGGCUUGAAGUAUUUCUGCGGUCAUCACGAGGACGCAGGGGUUGAGUGCGAGGAGCCCAUUACUACGCCAGAGCCCACAACAAAGAAAAUCACAACCCCAGUUCCAUCAACAUCAUCCCCUACGCCAGAACCAUCUAAAACAGCCCGAACUAGCAUGGCGACCGAGGUUAACCAAUCAACCACCGCAAGAUUAUUAAAAACUGCACGAGGUAGCAUGACGACCGAGCCUCGGCCCACGAGCAUCUCUAAUCAGACAACGAGAAAAGCGACAGCUGGCAGUAUGAGCAUGCGCACUAGCUUCGUAACUAGCUCCACGCGAGUCACUUCCUCACCCACAACAGUCAAAGCUACCAGUAGAAGUACACGAACUAAAUUCGUACCUCGAAUCACGCGAGUCACUGCCUCGCCCACUAGAGAAGCAAGACAAUAUGAAGUCCGUCUCUCCGAUGGCAAGACUCCUUACGAAGGCCGCGUCGAAAUUUACUAUAACGGAAAGUGGGGCACAGUCUGUGACGACAGCUGGGGUAUAGACGACGGUCACGUGGUCUGCAGGUCACUCGGUUAUGCGUCGGCACUGCAGUCCAAAACCAAGGCCUACUUUGGUCCAGGUACUGGUGUGCCUAUACACCUGGACGACGUGGGGUGCACGGGGAAGGAGACCGGCCUGGAAGACUGUCGGCACAAGGGAUGGGGUGUGCAUAACUGCGGUCACCAGGAAGACGCGGGGGUGGUGUGCAACGACGGCUCAGUUCCCGUACACUUUACCCGACUAGUCGGCGGAAAGACCUUCUUGGAAGGCCGCGUGGAAGUCUACCAUAAUGGUGCCUGGGGCACAGUUUGUGAUGACGAGUGGAGCAUCAGUCUCGCUAACGUCGUGUGCAGGUCUCUCGGAUUCUCAUUCGCCCUCCAAGUGCGAGAUAGGGCCGCUUUCGGCGAGGGUACUGGCCCGAUACACAUGGAUAACGUCCACUGUACCGGAAGUGAGAUGUCGCUUGUCAAGUGUGGCCACCGAGGCUGGGGAAUAAGCAACUGCCAGCAUAAAGAAGAUGUCGGGGUUGUGUGCAGCGAGAGACAAGCCCAAGUGCGACUUGUCAACGGUGACACUCCCCUGGAGGGGCGUGUCGAACUAUCCUACCUCCCAGACACCUGGGGCACAGUCUGCGAUGACUCAUGGGAUAUCCAAGAUGCACACGUGGUCUGUCGUAGCCUUGGUUACCACCAUGCCGUUAGGGCUAUCGGGAAUGGGUUCUUUGGGCGUGGCCGAGGGGAUAUCUAUCUGAGUGCCUUGAGGUGCAGGGGUACAGAGAAGUCCUUGGUAGAUUGCGAGCACACAGGGUUCCAUAGGGUUCCCGGAUGUGGCCAUAUCGACGAUGCGGGGGUCGUGUGUGCCAACCAAUCAGAGGCGAAGACAGCCUCACCGGCACGUGACACUGAUGUCCCCAAGCAUCGCACGCGUCUGGUUGGAGGGCGUGGCCCGUACGAAGGCCGCGUAGAAGUGUGGUAUGGAGAGGAAUGGGGCACAGUCUGUGACGAUGAGUGGGAUUUCAAUGACGCGAAUGUCGUGUGUAAAUCCCUCGGGUUUCCCGCGGCUAAGGUGUUCCACCGUUACGCGCGGUACGGGCAGGGUGCCGGUCGAAUACUGCUGGAUAACGUGGAAUGUACGGGGAGUGAGAGGUCGGUGGUGGAGUGUCCACAUCAAGGAUGGGGAGUGCAGAAUUGCCACCAUAGCGAGGAUGCUGGUGUAGAAUGCAGGACAGAGACUUGGACAGAACUUCCAACAACUUCUAUCACUACUACAACAAAGACACCGACAGCAACAAGUAGAGCAACCACAACUGAAGCAGCAACAUCUGGAGCAACCACAACCGAAGCAGCCACAACUGAAGCAACCACAGCUACCACAACUGAAGUACCUACGACAAGCAAAGAAAGGCCGUCUUCUAGACCAACAAUGACGAAAUCAUCAUCAACAACAACGUUCACCACAACGAGACCGCUGACUCCCGAAAUAAUAGGCGCAAAUGAGCCGCAACGGACAACCAAGAUACCUACAAAAGAUGGCCCUCACGUCCGUCUACGACUAAUGGACGGCAAGCGUGCAAGCGAGGGUCGAGUCGAGGUCUUGUAUGACGGUGAAUGGGGCACGAUCUGCGAUAACUUGUGGGACGUGAUGGAUGCGCACGUGGUUUGCCGAUCCCUAGGAUAUCACAGCGCGCGAAAACACAAGGGCUUUGCAUUUUUCGGUCACGGGGAAGGGCGUGUCCUUCUAGAGGGGGUGCAGUGCACCGGCAAGGAGGAUUACCUGGAUCAUUGUCCCCAUAUGGGAUGGGGUGUGACAGGGUGUGGUCACCAUAAGGACGCUGGAGUCAUGUGCUAUGAGGAGGAACCGCCCACCACCCAAGAGCUGCUUACUCCUCCUAUAACGCAGUCUAAGAAGAAAGCGUCCUACGGAGAUAUUCGUUUGGUUGGAGGCUUUCGCCCGAGUGAAGGCCGCGUUGAGAUCUACCACAACGGAGUCUGGGGCACAGUCUGUGAUGACCAAUGGGAUAUCAACGCUGCUCACGUGGUAUGUCGGUCGCUUGGAUACCGGCGGGCACUGGAGUUUAAAGUCUAUUCACAUUUCGGAAAAGGCGAAGAACCGACAUGGCUCGAUGAUGUCGUAUGUCGGGGAUCGGAGAAGUCGUUGAAUGAGUGUCGGCAUGCCGGAUGGGGAGUGGAGAACUGCGCUCAUUCCGAGGAUGCUGGUGUCGUGUGUGAAGAAGACGUGCCUUAUACUUCAAAAAUCCCCACGCAUCGCACUCGGCUGAUAGGAGGCAGCCGCCCAAGCGAGGGCCGCGUCGAGGUCUUCUACAACGGGGCCUGGGGCACAGUCUGUGACGAUCUUUGGGACGAGGCUGAUGCGUCAGUAGUGUGCAAAUCGCUUGGGUACCCAGGCGCGCGCAGCUUCAAAACCAUGGCGUACUUUGGGCGUGGUUCUGGUCCUAUAGUCCUGGAUAACGUAGAGUGCCGUGGGUAUGAGGAUGCGAUAGGCGAGUGUCCGAGUCGCGGAUGGGGAGUCAGUAACUGCGGGCACAAGGAAGACGCGGGAGUGGUCUGCAUGGACGAUAACCCAGAUUCAAAAACCGAACAGCCUCUCUUUAAUGGCCAUACUCAAGCCCUACCGAGACAAACCUUAUCCUCCGAAAACGCUGCUAUUCGUACUCGACUCGUCGGUGGAAUUCGUCCGAGCCAGGGACGCCUGGAGGUAUUCUACGACGGCCGGUGGGGAACCGUAUGUAACGACCUGUGGUCCGACACAAACGCUAACGUCGUGUGCAAAUCCCUCGGUUUCGGAGAAUCUCACGGACUCGGAUUCAUGUUCGGUGCCGGGAGUGGUCCGAUCCUAAUGGAUGACGUCAUUUGCUCUGGGAACGAGGCUUCGCUGGUGGAUUGUUCCCACAGGGGGUGGGGUGUGGAGGAUUGUGAACAUCGUGAAGAUGUCGGCGUGGUGUGUAGUGAGAAUGCGCUGGCAAGGACUACGCCGACCUCAGCUCAAAAAAACCCAGCUCCCCUGUCCACUACAGUAACACCCACCACCCAAAUUCCAACAACAGCCUCCUUGCCAACUACUACUGCAAGGCCAUCAACACCCGCAGAGACAACAAUACAGUCUACAACAUCCCCCGAAACAACAAUACAGUCUACAACAUCCCCCGAAACAACAAUACAGUCUACAACAUCCCCCGAAACAACAAUACAGUCUACAACAUCAACAUACAACAAACUGCGCACUCGUCUGGUUGCCGGCAACAUUCCCAGCGAGGGCCGAGUGGAAGUUCUGAAUGACGGGGUCUGGGGCACAGUCUGCGAUGACCUUUGGAGCAUGGAGGAUGCGCACGUGGUUUGCAGGUCUUUGGGUUUCCAAGGCGCAAGGGAUUACAAGAGCCACGCCUUCUUUGGUCGCGGCACCGGGCCCAUUUGGCUGGACGGUGUGCGGUGUCGUGGCUCAGAAGAGUCCGUCCUCGAGUGCGAACAUCGCGGGAUCGGGAUCCAUAUGUGUGGACACCAUGAAGAUGCCGGAGUGGUCUGCAUUACUUCGCAGUAGCACAAGUAAUCGUUGAAAUACAAGAAAACUACUGCAAACACAAACUUCCAUUGAGACCCAGGGAUAACUCCCCCCGUUUUGGUGAACACAGAAGUCCGUCCCUGAUGCUCAUAAUGGGUUUUGUGUGCUUAUAGAUGAACCAAGCUCACUUCCCAUACCGGGUUCACUGUGCUUAUAGAUGAACCAAUCCCACUUCCUUGACAUCGAAACGUCACUCUAAUUCUCCACAGAAAACCCACAAGAGAAUGAGAGGGGCUACGCUGAAUGAACAAGGCAAUAUCUGGUAGUGCUUAAAAAUGUAUCAAAAGCUUAUAUGCAUCAAUAAAUUCUGUUCUAUUUUCCAA